AGCUGCUGAUAGUCUAGUGUGUGAGUUAGAGCUAGAAAGCCGUCCGGACUGUGCUGACUGACUGACUUUAGCUCAUCUUUGAACAAUGACUGAAGCAGAGUUAUACACGGUGCAUAAAGGGGUUUUUGUGCCUACAUGUCUGCACCCUGCGCAAAGCCUAAAAUACUACGAAGAGUUCACUUUCCGUUCAGAUGAUACUGUUAUUGUCACGUAUCCAAAGUCCGGUACGACUUGGAUGCAGGAGAUUGUCCCUCUGAUCAUGAGUGGAGGAGAUCCAGCUCCCGUUGAGAAUAUUCCUAACUGGGACCGUGUUCCCUGGCUGGAGGAGCAUCGGGCCUGUGUCCUUAAUCUUGAAGAGAGGCCGUCUCCGCGCAUGUUUGCUACGCACUUCCACUAUAACAUGAUGCCACCAUCUUUCUUUGAAGUUAAGCCGAAGGUCAUCUAUGUCAUGAGGAACCCCAAAGACGUGUUUACAUCGUCCUUCCAUUAUUAUGGGAUGACUUCCUUUUUGGUCAACCCAGGCACACAGACCGAGUUCCUCCAGACGUUCCUUGAUGGAAAAGUUAUGUUUGGCUCAUGGUUUGAUCAUGUAAAGGGCUGGCUGAAUGCUGAAGAUAAAGAGCGAAUAAUGUACAUCUCCUAUGAAGAAAUGAUAAUGGACCUGAAGGACUCUGUGGCCAGAAUGGCUCAGUUCUUGGAGAAAUCUCUGGACGCUCAGGUCAUCGAGAAGAUCGCAGACCGAUGUGUGUUCAAGAACAUGAAGCAGAACAAAAUGUCAAACUACUCUCAAGUUCCUCGUGAAUUCAUGGACCAGACAAAGUCGGAAUUUCUCAGAAAAGGAAUCGCUGGAGACUGGAAAAACCAACUAACAGAGGCAGAAGUGGAGCACUUUGACGCCGUUUACAAAGACAGAAUGAAAGAUGUCAAAUACAAAUUUUUAUGGGAUUAAACUAAAUGUGAACAAAACAUUUUCCACCAUACGUCAGUUUGGUUCAGAAGAAAUGCAGAAUGCUGCCGAUUAACUGCCAACUUUCUCUUAUUUGUUUACUUUUUACUGCAGUAUCAUUCUCAUAUACGCUGUUUUGCAUGUUUUGAUUUCUUUGCUUAUUAACUUAAAUAAUAUGACCAAUGUAUUCAUUUGAGAUUUGUUCAAGAGUUCAAAUUUGAAUUGAACUGAGAAUAUCAGCUGUCAAAUACAGGGUUGAAUUAUAUUUUCUGUUCUCGAAACCUACAAUCAGAUGAUAUCAUUUGUCAAGCCAGAACACAUAAAUUAAUCCUGGCUUGGUGUAUAUUUUGAAUUUGACUAUUAAAAUAGUGUAAAGAUGAA